AUGGCAGGAAAAGGUGAAGGACCAGCAAUCGGAAUCAAUCUCGGAACAACUUACUCAUUCGUCGGAGUUUGGCAGCAUGACUAUGUUGAGAUCAUCGCCAACGAUCAUGGAAACAGGAAUACUCUGUCCUAUGUUGGCUUCACCGACUCGGAGCGUCUCAUUGGAGAUGCCGCCAAGAACCAGGUGGCCAUGAACCCUAUCAACACCGUCUUUGAUGCAAAGAGGCUGAUUGGCCGCAGGUUUUUGGAUGCAUCAGUUCAGUGCGACAUCAAUUUGUGGCCUUUUAAGGUUGAUCCCGGAGUUGGAGACAAGCUAACGAGUCCAUAUCUACCACCUACAUUGGACCGGCCCAUUCACCAAGUCCAGAGUCCAACCGACUCUGUGGAGGCGGUGCAAGGGUGCUAA